AUGGAGGAAAAUCUACCUCCUGGUUUUAGGUUUCAUCCAACAGAUGAAGAACUCAUUACUCAUUAUCUUACAAUGAAAAUUUCUGAUACUUCCUUUACAUCAAAAGCUGUUGCAGUUGUUGAUCUCAAUAAGUCUGAACCUUGGGAUCUCCCAGGCAAAGCUUCAAUGGGAGAGAAAGAAUGGUAUUUUUUUAGCAUGAGAGAUAGAAAAUAUCCAACUGGUCUUCGAACCAAUCGAGCCACUGAAUCAGGUUACUGGAAAACAACAGGAAAAGAUAGAGAAAUAUUUCGUGGUGGAGUUUUGGUAGGAAUGAAGAAAACCCUAGUUUUCUAUAAGGGUAGAGCUCCAAGGGGUGAGAAAAGUAAUUGGGUUAUGCAUGAAUAUAGACUUGAAAACAAACACCAUUUUCGAACUUCAAAGGAUGAAUGGGUGGUUUGUAGGGUUUUCCAAAAGAGCAUAGCAACAAAGAAGCCACAACAAACAACAUCUUCUCAACCAGAAUCUCCAUGUGACACAACCUCAAUGGUGAAUGAAUUUGGUGAUGUGGAGUUUCCAAAUCUAAAUAAUAUUGCAAACUCAUCAUUAUCAAGUGGAUUAAUCCCUAACAUGAUUUCAGGACAACAACAAAAUUUCAACAUCAAUGAUCAUCUCACUAAUAAUGUUAACACAAAUAUGAACUUGACAAUGAAUUGGCCUUCUUCAAGUGAAGUUCCAUCUCUACCAUGGCCUUCUAACUUGUUGAAUCCAAAUAAUAUUUCUGUAAAUUCAUUGCUUCUUAAAGCAUUACAGCUUAGGAAUUAUCAACAACAAAGAGAAGUUGCAGCUACAAAUCAUUUUGUACCAUACAUGCCUCAACAAGGAGUAGUAUAUCAUCAACUUGGAACUGAUCACCAAAGUAAUAACUCAAAUGAUCCAAGUGCUUCUUCUUCAAAAGUUUUAGAAUGUAUGCCACAACAUCAACAGAAGCAACCAUUCAAUUUGGACUCCAUUUGGUGA